AGCCCUGCCUUUCUCCUCUUCCCCCUCAUAAACACCCCCAAGGUCUUCCCAACUCGAUUCUCCAUGUCUCUCAACUGACGAGUCUCACCACCCACCUUCGUUCAUUUGUUGUUUCGCGGCGUGUGUCGGAUCUUCCGCGCCUUGGGCUGCCUGUUUUGAUCCCUUCGACGUCGCUGUCGCAGUGUCGACAACCUUAUCGUUGGAGUGAAUCGCAUUCCUUGACUGACACUUUCAAUAUCGCCGUCGUCAAGCUCAGUCACUACCAGUCAUGGCGGUUGACACGAGCUACCUGACCACUCAGGUCAAUAACAUUGUUGAGCAGCUACAUGGCAUCUUUGAUGAAAUUGGUGUCCCUACACAUGAGCGCGACUCCCGCGAAGCAGAGCUGUUCAAUGCUCUGUCAGAAACACUAAACAACCAUCUCAAGCUUGUUGAUGAAGAAAAAGAGAAGAUGACACAAGAAGCCCAGCGCCUCAUAAUGACCAUUCAACAAAUGGAGGCAUCUCUGGGCGAUGAGCGAGCCAGUGGCCAGUACGAGCUCAACCGCGAUGAUCUGCGCAUCACGUACCCUCUCAAUCGAUGCAUCGCAUUCUUGCGCGAGAAGAACGAGGGGAUGACCAAGCUGCACCGCGAGCGCUUCGAACAGGUUAAGAAACUGGUCGAUGCAUUGGAGUCCUAUUCGUCUCACCUUGAGGCUUCAUUCCUUACAAUUGAACUUCCUCCCACCGCCCCUGGCUCAGUGAUUCCGCCCAGCUUCGAUCUGUCGCCCGCAUACGUGACUUCCCUGGACUCUGAAUUCUCCCGCGUCUACGAAGAGUACCACCGCCGCAUUUCCUUCGUCCAGACGACCUCCGAGGAGAUCAUCAAGCUCUGGGCUGAGCUUGGCACUCCUCAGGUGCAAACCGAUUCAAAUAUUGUCAAAUACUAUCGCGAGUCUCCGGAGCAACUUGGACUCCACGAGGCCGACUUGGCCAGCUUGAUGGCUAAGCGCGACAAGUUGGUGGAUGAGAAGAAGGGACGCGAACGCAAGAUCAAGGAGCUUCGGGCUAAUGUCGAGAGCCUUUGGGAGCGAUUCGGGGUUGAAGAAGCGGAUCGCAAGGCGUUCCUUUCUGCCAACCGUGGCUGUGGUCUCCGCACUAUCAACGAAUUUGAGGAAGAGCUGGCUCGUCUCAAUGAAUUGAAGAGGCAGAAUAUGCACUUGUUUGUCGAAGAUGCUCGCUGCCGCCUGCAGGAGCUUUGGGACAGCCUCUUCUUCUCGGAGGAGGAGAUGCUCGACUUCACUCCCGCCUUCUCUGAUGUGUGCAGUGAUGCAUUGCUCGAGGCCCACGAGGCUGAGAUCUCCCGUCUGGAGACACUCAAGGAGCAACGUGCCCCAACCCUUGAGUUGAUUGAGAAGCAUCGCAGCCUUCUGGCUGACCGGCAGGCUCUCUCCGCUUCCAGCCAAGAUGCUUCCCGUCUUAUGGGCCGUGGAACAAACAAGGGUGAGAAGCGUGAUCCUGGCAAGCUUCUCCGUGAAGAGAAGAUGCGCAAAAGGAUUGCGAAGGAGCUGCCCAAGGUCGAAGCUGAGCUGCGCAAAGAGCUCGAGCAUUGGGAGGAUGAGUUUGGUCGACCCUUCUUGGUCCAUGGUGACCGUUAUCUCGAUAGCUUGACUCCCGCAUUCACCAAGCCGCCUCCUCGCUCCAAGACUCCUUCUGCGCCUCCUUCCACCACCAAGUCUCUUGCCAGCGCCCCCAAGCGUGAUCCGAUUUCUCGCCCUGGCAGCUCUAUGCGUGGACCACCUCCACCUCGGUCUGCUACCAAGACCCCGACAAGCACUGGACCUGUGAAGCACAACACUAUCGGAUACUCCGGAGCUAGUCGCGCUGGUGCUAGGUCUCCUUCCAAGCUUCCUGCCCGAGCUCCCUUGAGCAACGUGCCAUAUGGGAGCAACUCUCCCGAACGACGCACUGGCCCUGGCUCGUACUCGUCCAGCACAAUCAACGGCAAGAUGCCACCUCCUCGUGGGCCUCCACCCAGAAUGCGUGCAUUGACCGUCGAGUCCAAGGAGCGCGGCAGCUACGCUAUGGAGCUCCCGCGCUGCAAUAGCGCAAUGUCGACCGCUUUCGUUCGCCCUGUGAGCCCCGAGGACGUCUAUGACGACCGCCAGCGAUCUUUCAUGAGCGCCUCGGUCAUGUCCAACCACCGGUCUACCGGUUUCUCCCACUCCUCGCACUCGUCUCAUUCAUCUCUGAACUCUUCGCUACAGAGUUACCCCCGCGUCAACCCCUACCUGUCACAAGCCCCUCCCCCACCUGCUCUCCGACAGACCUCCAACUCAUCCACAGUCAACACUGUUACUUCUGGCUCUGAGAAUUGGGAGACCUUCGACGAUGCUUCCGAAUCCGAGAUGGAUGCUAGCGACGUCUACUACUCCAAGCUCCGGGCUGCACAAGGCAAGCGGUUUGCCCCUGAGGAUGCGGUUGACUUGACAGGGAAGAAGUCCAAAGGGAUCCGGAGCGUUAGUCCUGACGGGCCACACCCCGGCCAGAUGAUCCGUGUCGCUGGUAGCGACACUGAAUGGACCGAUGACUACGAGACUUACUGAUGAGAUGUGUUCUCCCACGAACAAGAAAUCGACAUCGGUUUCUCGCGCCUCCUUUCCGAAGCAUUCGCCCGCUUACCGCAUGCUUCGAUUCCUUGUAACCUUCUUUUUUCUUGUCACUUGUCUUUCCUGGCGCCUCGGGCAUAUGAACUGUGGUUACGAAAUCGCUUGGCUUCCUGACGAUCCCAUGACUGGACUUUGUCUGUACGGCUCAUGUUGACGAUCCCUUCUUUCAUGAUUGAGCUUUCUCAACAUUCCAUCGGGGCUGGUGUUUAUUCCGCACGCAAACUGACGACCGAUCUCUUCCUCGCCGAUUUGGAACUUUACCUUCUUGCCUUUCUGUGUUCAAAAUUACGAGUUCUAUCAUGUCAAUCUUGUUUAUGCUCCCUUUCUUCUGUCGAUGCUUAUCACGUCCGCCGACGCUGCUGGCCACGUCUCCUGGUCGUGCGUUCCGAUGGUGGUUCCUGUCCGGUUCGUUCUCUGCGGACAGAUCUGCUUCUCUCUCACAUAAUCGGCGGACGCGUUUGUUUAAUCUUGCCUUUUUGGAUAAUCCUUAUGGGUCGGCAUGGUGUUAUUUGUUCUCGAUACUCUUCCUUUUUGUGUCUUGUGGUUUCUUUGCGGUUUGGUGCUUACGGCUUGUCCUAUUCCCCUGUUCUGGCCUCCUAGGUCUCUGGAGUCAAACUUCUUCUCUUAUGUCGUGCUUGAUCUUCCUCGACUCGAUUUUUCAUCUGUUAAUUUAUAGCGCGGUACAGUCAGGUUUUUUUUAACGUAGUUCUUCCUGAUAAUAUUAUUUUCUGAUUCAAAAGUUGUUCCUUGA